GCUGCAGAUGCUCUAAGUCUGAAUAAUUAAAUAAUUUGGGAUAACCUAUGUGUUUAGUGCCCUACAUUAUUAAUAAAGAGGGCUCGAGAUAAAACUAAAAUCAUUUCUUAUUUCACUAUUCCUCUUUGAAAAACAAGUUCAUCUCACCCGUGGGAUAAGUUAAAUUUAGUGAUAUAGUAACUAUUCAUUGUAGUGUAUUAUUUAUUUGACAUAUAUUAAUCAGUCUAUUUCUAAACAUGAAUAUCAAACAAGUGCUUAUUAUUUUGCUGCCACUUGUGACUGUCGACUACCAAGUUAGCGUCAAAUAUUAAUUACACUCUCCGUCCAUGAAAAAAUUACCACUAUUUCUUUUCCAGUUUGUUCACCAAAAAAUUAUCACUUUCAUUUAUAAUAGUAAGUCCAUACAUUAAAAUGAGAUUCUCAUCCUAUUCAUAAUUUGACUCAUAUUUUACUAAAAUUCGUGCAAUUUAUGACAAUUUUUUGCAGAUAAAAAGAGUACUAUGAAUUGUUAAAUUUUAAUUAAAGAAUAAUUAUUAAACGCAAAUGCAUGUGGGAUGAAACUGGAAGUUGACCUCAUUAAUCAUUCAACAGCCUUAACAAUGUACGAACUAUUUAAAUAUCUUUCAAAAUUGUUUUUUUAUUCCUACAAAGUUUAUGUUCGAAACAAUUAGUCAACACCUCAGCUGGCUCCAUAUAAGUUAGUGAUAUUAUUAUUUUAAAUCGGCAUAUUAGUCCCUCUUUCCCUAUUUUUCACUUACGAUACAAUUAGUUAUUUUUGUUAUAAACAUUAUUCUUCAAAUGAGCCUCUACUCAUAAUUAAUCACAACUUCCUAACAUUCAAAAUCCCUAAAUCUACUAAAACGAAAUUCACUAUUCACAGUAAACACCGCCGGAUUUCUUUCGCCAGCAGCCCAGGGUGCAUUGGAAAAUCAAGACGAGCUCAUUUCAUGAGAUGUGAGGAUUGAAUCAGAAAGUCGAUCACAACAAACAAAGAUUAGAAGAGAUAUAGAAAAAGGGUAACUUUUUCCUUAUCCUUAGAUUAGAUUAAUUUUAAAAUUCAUGUGUUUAUGAUGUUUUCAAUUAUAUCGAAAACUAAAUUCACAUGAUUAUGAUGUUCUUAUAUAGAGUUAAAUUUUUUAAAUAUUUCGCUUGAGUAAUUUCUAUUCAAUCCAAAAAUCAUUUUUUUCUAUACUAAUAAUUUAUGGAUUUGUUGGAAUGUGUUAUUUCCUAGCUACUAAUGAUGUUAAAUUGCCUAUUAGGGCAGUUUGGUUCAAGCAGAAACAUGUCGGAGGCUCUCCUCUUAUCGGUGAUACAGAAGCUAGACAUUAAUUAUGGAGAUGACACGAAAACAAAGGAGAUUAUAAAAGAGCAAAUGGAAAGGGUAAUUAAAGAUAUGAGAGAGAUUGUGGAUAUUGUGAGGGAUAAGAAAUUGGAAGAGGGGAGAAGCCUAAAUUUUUUGGUAUCUGACCUUGUCGACAUGGCUGACGAUGCUCUCGACCUUUGCAAACAACACGUAACAUAUUAUAGAGACUAUGAGUCCAUCCAUAGUUGGAUCGGGGAGAUCAAAAAGCAGAUGCUUAAACUGGGAGAUAAUGGGGUGGAGACAGAGUCCAACAUCAGAUCAUCAGAAAAUGUUGAUGCGGUGGGCUUGGAGGAAGAUGUGCAAAUGCUGCUUCGCAAAAGGAUUAUUGGUGGGGAAGAUGACCUGAAGACUAUUCUUAUCAAAGGGAUGUGUGGUAGUGGAAAGACAACUCUUGCCAGAGAGAUAUACAAUCAUGCAACCGUCAUUGAGCGAUUCGAGCAUCGUGCUUGGGUAUCUAAUUCUACUUACUUCACUCUUAAAGAGCUACUUUUCAAACUAAUACAACAGGUAGAUCCUCAGAAUCUCCAUACAUCUUCCUUAUUGGAGAAUAUGGACAAUCGAAGGCUUCGAGAUAUGCUUUGUCAACACCUGCAAGGAACGCGAUAUUUUAUAGUUCUCGAUGACAUGCCCAAACAAAUGCACUUGGAGUCUUUCUUGGAAGCUCUUCCAGAUGAAGACAAUAGAAGUAGAUUGCUCCUCACAAGUCACACGAUCCAUAAGGACAUAGACGUAGACAACGAAGAUGUUCAUGAGAUGAAAUUUUUGGAUUCUGAGAAGAGCUGGCAAUUGUUCUUGAAAACAAUAAACCAUGGCAAUAAAUUGACGGGUGAACACAAAUUCCCAAAGUCCUUGGAGCAUAUGGGAAAACAAAUGUUGAGAAAAUGUGACGGUCUGCCAUUAGCUAUAAAAGAGGUGGGAAAGCAGUUAGCAGAAAAGAAAGUCUCAACGGGGAAAGAAUGGGAGCAACUUCUUGAAUCAGUUGAUUUUGGUUCAACACUGAAGUUAUUGGAACCAUUUUAUCAUAAAUUGGAUCCCAAACUGGAUUCAUGUUUCAUGUAUAUGUCCUUCUUUAAGCAAAGUACAACUUUGAGGGAGGAAAAAUUGAGAGAGAUUUGGGUUGCUGGAGGAGUGGUUUCAACAUCUAACUAUAAAUCAUAUUUAGAUGGUUUAAUCAAUGAAUCUGUUAUUCAAGUCCAGGACAAGCGCACGGCGUAUCGCAUGAAUGCUCUGCUACACAUGCUAUCCAUCCAAAAAGCUGAGGAGAAACUAGGUUUGGAGAUCCUAAGGAACAAUGAAAAUAAUCUUCCUCCUCAGAGUCCUCGUCAUCAUCGUGUUAUCAUUUGUAGCAGAGACAAGUUCAACUACUCCACGGAUCAAGAUAAACAUCUUGUUUCUCUCUUCUUCCAUGGAGGUGGCUACUUGGACACUAGUCCGUCUUAUUGGAAGAGCUUUGAACAACUUAAGAUACUUGACUUUGAAGAUUUUGGGUUGAAGAUUUUACCGGAAAGUAUUGGCACAUUGAUUGAAUUACGAUACUUGGGAUUGAGAAACAAUUACAUACAAGAGCUCCCAGACUCGUUGGGGUGCUUGAAAAAGCUUGAGGUUUUUGACAUAGCUCAAAACUUUAUGGUGGAGGUGCCAGAUAUUGUAUGGGAAUUGUGUAGCCUUCGCCACUUCUACUUAUCUAAUUUGAUUUGCAGGAAGCCUUUGAAGAUAGACACGCUACCUAACCUGGAGACCUUAACCUACGUCUCGGUUGAUAAUUGGACAUAUGAGCUCUCGAUCUCAAAUAUGUCUACUUCUCUUAAGAAAUUGGGCAUACAAGAAUUGGAUGAAAACUCAGAUGUAAGCAAGCUCUUUGUGUCAUUGGCUAUGGUGGAGAGUCUUAAACACCUAAUCUUAAGAGGGUAUCGUUUCAGAAGCAUGCCUUGUUUGGACGAGCUUGGUAUUAUAAAGAGGCUCGAUACACUCAAAUUGGAUGGACUCCUUGUUAGGCUUCCAAGAAGUUUCCCUCGAUAUCUUAAAUCAUUGACGUUGGUUAAUAGUUGUCUUGAUGAAGAUCCCAUGCCACUACUAGGAAAGUUGUCCAAUCUAAAAUACCUCAAAUUGCGGAACGCAUACACUGGUCAACAAAUGGUGAUCUUGCACAGCGGCUUCCCUCGUCUCAAAGUCUUGUUCAUCGAAGAGUUGUGGAAUCUGAGAAAUGUACAAUGUGGAAAAGGUGCAAUGCGUUGGCUCCAGAGAUUAGAAAUCCACGAUUGUCCAGAUCUGGAUACCCUCCCGGAAGAGAUUGUGUCGUUCAAAUUUUUGAAGGAGAUAAAGAUGGUGACAACCAAAAUCAUUGCAGCAAAGAUCAAGAAUUCUGACUUAAUCUCCGAAAUAAUGAUUGUGAAUCUCAAUCCAUGAGCUAGCGCAAUUGUCUACAUUAUUGUUACGUACGUUUUGCUUGUUUGCAUUAAUUUUAGAAGUUUCUACCUUGAUGGUUGUGUGUUUGUAAAUGACAUUUAGUUGUGACAAUUGUGUAUUCCUCAUAUGACAUAUCUUUCUAUUUGGAUGGCUAUUGUAUC